AGCCGAGCGGGGAGGUCCGGUCAUGGCCGGGAUGCGCAGGCUGGAGUUGGCGGAGGCCUUGCAGCUGGGGCCGGGCUGGCGGCACGCGUGCCACGCGCUGCUCUACGCGCCGGACCCGGGGCUGCUCUUCGGCCGCAUCCCGCUGCGCUACGCCGUGCUGAUGCAGAUGCGCUUUGACGGGCGCCUGGGCUUCCCCGGCGGCUUCGUGGACUUGCGGGACGGCAGCCUGGAGGCCGGGCUGAACCGCGAGCUGGGCGAGGAACUGGGCGAGGCCACGGCCUCUUUCCGCGUGGAGCGUGCCGAUUACCGCAGCUCGCACGCCGGGUCCCGACCGCGCGUCGUGGCGCACUUCUACGCAAAGUGCCUGACCCUGGAGCAGCUGACUGCGGUGGAGAUGGGCGCGCCGCGCGCCCGGGACCACGGGCUGGAGGUGCUGGGCCUGGUACGGGUGCCGCUGUACACCCUGCGGGAUGGUGUGGGAGGCCUGCCUGCCUUCCUGGAGAAUACCUUUAUUGGAAAUGCACGGGAACAGCUGCUGGAAGCCCUCCAGAACCUCGGACUGCUGGAACCUGGCUCUUUCGCACGCCUUAAGUUCUCAGCUCGUCCCUAGAGGCUGCCCUCCACGAACCCAUGGAACCUGCCUGAGAUCAGGGCCUUUGUACUGGGGAGGGAGGGAGGAAAAAGGGAAUGUUUUCUCCUCUGGGCCUGGGCCUGAUAGAUGAUAACAGAUUAAAAGGGAAAGGUAUGUAGUGUGUUCUGAGCA